AUCGGCUGCACUUGAUUCAGUUUCGAUCGAGACAGCUUUGUGCAGAGUUGUGUUUCAUAAAUUAAAAAAUAAAAAAAACUUUAUCCCUAUCAAAUAUGUGGAAGAAAGUGAUUUUCUGUGUGGUCCUUGUGGCCUUUGUAGGCGUGCAGUUUGCUAACUCGCUGACCUGCACCAAGUGUACAACUCCUUCUGGCUGCAAGAGCCCAUCAUCGGAAACCUGUUCGAAUUCCACGGCCAAUGCCAAUAGGGAAUUUUUGGGAACCUAUCACAGCAAUGUGCCCACAGUCAACGGAAGUCUAAGCUUCUCAUGUGCCAAUCUUACUUACUACCAUGCAGCAAACUACACUCACACCUCUGAGUUCCUGGGCUGUGUCUUCAAUGAGACCAAUGUCUGCUCUCUGACUUUGACCAACACGGCGAGUGGAUGGUCAAAGAAAUGCUUAGAAUGCGGCACCGAUUACUGCAACCCGGCGGGAACUUUCAGCGGAAGUGCCUACACCAUCGUGGGCUCUGUAAUUGCCCUGCUUUUGGCCAAGUUCCUAAGCUAAAUUGAUGGUCUAAUGGAGGAGGAGCUCUACUGCUUAGCUUAUCGGAGUUCUAUGUGUAUAAUAUUUAUUUACUUUAUGUUCCUUAAACAAGAAAGUCAUUAGAAAAACAAAAAGAUUUAAAAUAGACCAUCUUUGUACAAAAA